UGGACCGUUGAAAACGAAUCUUACGGAGGGGAGUAGAACUUGAACACAUCAGCGCACAACUUGUUAUUGAGAAGGCGGAGGGCGUAUUUCAAGAUGCCUAUGUACGGAGACUUGGGUAACAAGCUGGUCCAACACGCCAAACGGACACAAAACCUGGCGCAUCUACCACCAUAUCAAACUGAGCUUGUUCGUGCUGUGACUCGCGAGGUGCGCGAUUUGGACAAGGACGUUGCGAGCUUGCUGGAGCCGUUUCAAGGGUCCUUCGACCCCUCCGCGGACCAGCCCACGGCUUGCACCUUGUUGGUCAACCACCUGUCCAUUCGCCGGAACAAGCGCUGCCUUCUUGCCUACCACCGGACGCGCACCGACAAGUUGGAGGAACUCGUGUGGAACGGGUCCGACGUCCUCGACCUUGCCGGGCAGCAAGCAGGUGGCGCCAACGGUGCGUCUGCUGCAGACGGCGGGGCAAGCAGUAGCCUGAGCCCGCAGGAAGAGGACUAUGUGCGGCAAUACGGGGACCUGUUGGCUGCAUAUAAGGGUCAGUGGACGGACAUUGAUCUGACGGGCAGCCUGGAACCACCGAGAGACCUGUUCAUCGACGUGCGCGUGUUGAAAGAUGCGGGCGAGAUCCAAACAGAAUAUGGCGCCAUCAACUUGACGAAAAACAGCCAAUUCUACGUCCGGCAAGGAGAUGUGGAACGUCUUAUCGCGCAGGGCUACCUGCAGAAGCUCGGAUGAACAAGGCCACC